GCGCGACGCGUCGCUUCCACUUUCCCUCUCGCCGUCCCGCUGCUGUGACCGAAGUCUCCAUGGCUGGCCAAGGCAACGAAGCGGGGGGUCCCUUGGGGCUGGCGCGGCUGCUUCUGCUGUUCCUGGCCCUGGCUGAGCUCGGGAGAGCCCAGGACAUCCCCUCUACCCCUGGCGAGGAGAUCUUGUCCCAGGUGGCCUUCGUCCAGAAAACCCGCCGGAACACCAGCAGCAGCUCCGAGUUCAUGUUCGAGUUCAACGACGAUGAGAUUUUCCACGUAGAUCUGGAGGAGAGGCAGACCAUCUGGCGGUUGCCCGAGUUCGGCCGCUUCACCAGCUUCCAGGCCGAGGGCGCCCAAGGGAACAUCGCUGUCCUGCAGUCCAAUUUGGAGAUCCUGAUGAAGAGAUCCAACUACACGCCUGCCACUACCCCUCCAAAAUUGAUGGUGUACACGGAGAGGACGGUGGAGAUGGAGGAGCCCAACAUUCUGAUCUGCAUGGCAGACAACUUCUCUCCGCCGGUGCUGAACAUGACCUGGGCGAAGAACGGCCAGCCGGUGACCGAAGGGGUGCAGACCAUGGAUUACUACCCCAAGAAGGACCACGCCUUCCGUCGGUUCUCCUACCUGCCCUUCGUCCCAAACGAGGAAGACAUCUACAGCUGCGAGGUGGAACAUUGGGGCCUCCAGAAGCCCCUGGGCAAGAUUUGGCACGCCAAUAUCCCACAGCCCCUCCAGGAGACGACCGAGACCGUGGUGUGUGCGGUGGGCCUGGCGAUAGGCCUUGUGGGCAUUGUGGUUGGCACCGGCCUGAUGAUAAAGAGCCGGAGGAUGGGAGAGGCCAGCUAUCGCCGAGGAAACCUGUGA